UAGCUGCUGAUCUCGGCUAAACGCCUGUUCGUUGAUAUUUUGACAAAUAUUCGCCUCGUAAUUCCUGUGAUUUAGUGGAUAUAUUUGUGAAAUUAUUUCCACGCCUGUUUUAGCACUUUGACACUAAUCACUGAGAAUCCCCGUGACGUGAAGGUGGAUGAGUGAUCGUUGUCUUGUCCCUGUUGUGGCCCAGUAUGGCUCACAGUGCCAGGAGAGACUCCCCGGAGCUACCUGACUUCUCUCUGCUCAAGAGGCUGGCCAGAGAUCAGCUCAUCUACCUGCUGGAACAGCUGCCAGGGAAGAAGGACCUCUUCAUUGAGGCGGACUUGAUGAGCCCAUUGGAUCGCAUUGCAAAUGUGUCAACACUAAAGCAACAUGAAGUCGACAAACUCUACAAAGUGGAAUACAAACCUGUUAUAAGCACUUCAGACCAGCUUUGUUUUCUGAUCCGUCCAAGAAUACAAACUGUGAAAUGGAUAUGUGAUGUGGUCAAUGCAGACAAAGCAGCAGGAAAAUUUAGAAGAUACAAAUUAAUCUUCACACCUCAGAAGUUCUACGCCUGUGAGGCUGUGCUGGAGGAGCAGGGGAUUUUUGGUGAUGUAACCACUGAUGAAUGGGCUUUCUACCUCCUUCCACUUGACGAUGAUAUCAUCAGUCUGGAGCUGCCAGAAUUCUUUCGAGACAACUUCCUGGCAGGGGACCAGCGCUGGGUGAGGACAGCUGGCAGCACUCUGCACCUCCUCCACUCCAUUUAUGGCCCGUUCUCAAAGAUCUACGGGAUUGGACGAUGUUCCAAGAUGGCAUACGAGUCGUGGAGGGAGCAGGUAGAGGAAGGAGAAACAAAAGCUCGUCAGGCUGAAAUAGGAAAUGUUUUUCUCAUUGACAGAGAUGUGGACUUUGUCACUCCUUUGUGCUCACAAGUCGUCUAUGAAGGACUCGUGGAUGAUAUAUUUAGAAUCAAAUGUGGGUGUGUGGAGUUUGGACCUGAUGUUACUUCCUCUGACAAAAGUAUGAAAGUCAUGCUGAACUCUCAGGAUAAGGUCUUCAAUGAAAUCAGAAACGAGCAUUUCUCCAACGUCUUUGGCUUCCUCAGUCAGAAAGCCAGGAAUCUCCAGACUGCAUAUGAUAAGCGUCGGGGUAUGGACAUAAAGCAGAUGAAGACAUUUGUGUCAGAGGAACUAAAAGGGUUAAAACAGGAACAUCGGCUACUGAGCCUACACAUUGGUGCUAGUGAAUCGAUAAUGAAGAAGAAAACAAAGCAGGAUUUCCAGGAGCUGCUGAAGACAGAACACUCCUUACUCGAGGGAUUUGAAAUCCGUGAAUGCAUUUCUUUCAUAGAGGAGCACAUCAACAGACAGGUCUCCAUGAUAGAAAGUCUGAGGCUGCUUUGUCUUCUGUCUAUCACAGAAAACGGACUCUUGCCAAAAGAUUAUCGGUCAUUAAAAGCUCAGUAUUUACAGAGCUAUGGAGUGGACCACCUGCUCACAUUUGCCAACCUGAGGCAGUUGGGGCUGCUGGUGGAACAGCAGCCUGGAGAGACACUGACUGUUAUGGAGAGCAAAGUGGGCAAACUGGUCAAUGACAAAACUGCAGGAAAGCUGACUGAUGCCUUCUCUUCUCUGGCAAAGAAGAGCAAUUUCAGAGCCCUGAGCAAAAAACUCAACCUGGUGCCAAAGUCAGAUGAAGAAUAUGACCUGCGUGUCCCACGAGACAUGGCUUACAUCUUCAGCGGUGCCUACAUCCCUUUGAGCUGUAAACUCAUUGAGCAGGUGUUGGAGCGAGACGGUUGGACAGGGCUUGAAGAAGUCACCAGGCUGCUUAACGGGCAUGAAUUUGCUGUUACAGGGUCGACCGCAGGCAGCAGCGGAGCUGAUUCAAGAGCAAAGAAUGACGCUCAGCGCAUCGUCUUGGUCAUGUUCCUCGGUGGCUGCACCUUCUCUGAGAUUUCAGCCCUACGCUUCCUCGGUAGAGAGAGAGGUUAUAAAUUCAUUGUUGUAACAACUGCAAUUACAAACAGUUCAAGACUCAUUGAAGCUUUGCUGGACAACCAUGUAUGAGGCCUGUCAGCACAUCAUGAUGGACAGAAACCUGACACAUUCCUGCAGCCACUUGUCAUGCAUUCCCUCCGGCACUGGCAUUACAGAAGGAAAAUGUUCACUCAUGGUUUAGUUCUGGACACCAGGAGAACUGUAAAGAUGUAUAAAGUGAAUAAAUGUUUAUAACAUGUUUUAAA